AUUUGAGGCACAACAACAACAAGCAAAGCCGAAAACGGUACAAGUGGCUUUGCAAAUUCGUAUUUAAUAAUUUAAAGCAAACAGAAUGUCAAAGGAGGAUAAGGAAAAGACACAGAUCAUCGACAAGGACCUGGACCUGUCCAAUGCGGGGCGAGGCGUGUGGCUGGUGAAGGUGCCCAAGUACAUUGCCCAGAAAUGGGAGAAGGCGCCGACGAACAUGGACGUGGGCAAACUCCGGAUAAACAAGACACCUGGCCAAAAGGCCCAGGUCUCGCUUUCCCUCACGACCGCCGUUUUGGCUCUGGAUCCCGAUGAGAAAAUACCCACCGAGCACAUCCUGGACGUGUCGCAGGUCACCAAGCAGACGCUCGGCGUAUUCUCGCACAUGGCACCGUCCGAUGGCAAGGAGAACUCGACUACCUCGACGGCACAGCCGGAUAACGAAAAGCUGUAUAUGGAGGGCAGGAUUGUGCAGAAGCUAGAGUGCCGACCCAUCGCCGACAACUGCUACAUGAAGCUGAAGCUGGAGUCCAUACGCAAGGCAUCGGAGCCACAGCGACGCGUGCAACCCAUCGAUAAGAUCGUGCAGAACUUUAAGCCUGUGAAAGACCAUGCACACAACAUUGAAUAUCGGGAGCGCAAGAAGGCCGAGGGCAAAAAGGCGCGCGACGACAAGAAUGCCGUGAUGGACAUGCUCUUCCACGCAUUCGAGAAGCAUCAAUACUAUAACAUCAAGGAUCUGGUCAAGAUCACCAACCAGCCGAUUAGCUACCUCAAGGAGAUUCUCAAGGAUGUCUGCGAUUACAACAUGAAGAACCCGCACAAGAACAUGUGGGAGCUCAAGAAGGAAUAUCGCCACUACAAGACUGAAGAAAAGAAAGAGGUGGAGCACAAGUCAGGCAGCAGCGAUUCGGAAUAGCAUUAGGAGAAUCGCCGACUUACUUUCAUUAAAACACAUUAAGUGAUUGCAUGGUUCCGUUUUAUUCCUUAAGAACUACAUUUUAUACUUACGAAAAAAACAUUAUAUCUUAAAAUGAUUGUAAAUAGACACUAGCUUGCACUCUGGUAAAUACAUACAUAUAUACACUUUAUCCUUAA